CCUAGGGUUUUUAGAAUGACCAGUAGAAUUAGAAAUUGUUCGUCAUCAGCAUCUAAGCAGGGUCAAACAUGGUGGUACCUCUCUACAGCUUGAACACCCUCAGAUUGGGUUAUUCAAUAGUUUCUUGUACAACAAAAAGAUUUCUUGUUGGAGACCUAAAACCCUCACACAUUUCUCUUCAAAAUCAUCUACUUCACAGACCCAUCACCUCAAAAAUCUCAGCAAACCAACACAAUUUCACAGUCGCUUACCUCAUAAACUCAUGUGGGUUGUCCCCAGAAGACGCAAUUUCAUCAUCCAAAAGGGUAGAGUUGCAAUCCUCACAAGGAGCAGACUCUGUUUUGGCCCUUUUGAGCAGCCAUGGACUCUCUGAAACCCAGAUCUCAAAGGUUGUCAGGUUACGCCCUGCUAUUCUUGUAGCUGAUCCUGAGAAAACCCUUUUGCCCAAGCUUGAGUUUUUCAGCUCUGUUGUAGUUUCAAGGCAAGACCUUGCGAGAAUUCUGUGUUUUAAUCCCCACCUUUUGUCAAGAAGCUUGGAGAAUCAGAUUAUACCCGCUUAUAAUUUUCUCAGGAGUCUGAUUUCCGAGGAAAAUGUAGUUUCUGUUCUGAAGCGCAGUUCAUGGAUUUUCCUGGAAAAUCGCAGAAAGAAUGUGGUCCCCAAUAUUGAGCUUUUGAGGGAAUUGGGUGUACCCCAAUCAUGCAUUGCUCUGUUGCUAGCUCACAACACUAAGGUCUUGAUACACAAGCAUGAAAGUUUUGCUGCAGCUGUGGAAGAGGUUAAGGCAAUGGGAUUUGAUAUGAAGAAAUCAACUUUUGUGAUGGCACUAAGAGCAUUGUGUGGAGAGAGCAGUAAGUCCAUAUGGAAUCGAAGCCGUGAAAUUUACAAGCGGAGUUGGGGUUGGUCUGAUGAUGAUGUGAUCUCUGCUUUCAGGAAGAAUCCACAGUGCAUGAUUCUGUCUGAGGAGAAAAUAAUGCAGGGAAUGAAUUUUUUAGUGAACAAGAUGGGAUGGCCUUCAAGAGUGAUUGCCACAUAUCCUGUGAUUUUGUGUUUCAGUUUGGAGAAGAGAAUUAUUCCGAGGUGUUCAGUUGUUAAAGUUUUGCUGUUGAAGGGGUUGAUAGAUGAAGACUCCAGUUUGGCUUAUGUGGUGUUGCCUCAAGAGCAGCACUUCUUGGAGAGGUUUGUGAUCAGAUAUAUCAACCGAUUACCUCAAUUGUGGGAUGUGUAUCAUGGAAAAUUGGAUGUCAAAGAUGUGUGAUUUUUUGCACUAUACUAAAAGUUUUGUGUGCAUAAGGUUUCAUUUACUUGACAAUGAUUAUCAAAAGAGAUCCCAUGAACAAAAUAUCUUUCAU